GAGAGAGAGAGAGAGAGAGAGAGAGAGGGGGAGAGACAGAGAGAGACGGUGGGUGGAACUGUCCUGUCGCCAGGAGCCGCAGGCUGUCAUAUGAGACGACUGUGCGUCUUCAAGAGGAGAUGAGAAGUUGGGAUGGCAGCACUCCAAGCUGCGCCUCUGUUUGGGGAUAAACGUCCAGGCGUUUGAAUUAAACUCCCCAGAUGCCAGCAGCAUGAGUGAGGUCAACGAGAGCGACUUUCUGAACAGGUCCCUGUUGCCGGACCUCUUCAGCAACCUGGAGGACAUCGACGUGACGGCCGACGGGAGUCCGGUCCUCAGAUUCGUCAUCUGCCUCGUCUACUCCGUGGUGUGCGCCGCGGGGCUGGUCGGCAACCUGCUGGUCCUCUUCUUCAUCAGGGUCACGCAGGAGCGCCGCAAGUCCAGGGUCAACUUCUUUGUGCUCAACUUGGCGGUGACGGACCUGCAGUUCGUCCUCACGCUGCCCUUCUGGGCCGUGGACACCGUCAUGGACUUCAGCUGGCCGUUCGGAGACGCCAUGUGCAAGAUCAUCCUGUCGGUCACCGUCAUGAACAUGUACGCCAGCGUCUUCUUCCUCACCGCCAUGAGCGUGACCCGCUACUGGUCGCUGGCCUCGGCCUUGAAGAACCGCACCGUGCAGAGGUCGUGCUCCGCCAAGUGGGUGUGCGCGGUCAUCUGGACUCUGGCGACCGUGGCCACCGCGCCCACGUCGAUCUUCUCCACGGUCACCAACGUGACGGGGGAGAAGCUGUGCCUGCUGAGGUUCCCGGGCGGCCAGUACUGGCUGGCGGUUUACCACAUCCAGAAAAUAGUCGUGGGCUUCGUUCUGCCCAUGUCCAUCGUGUCGGUCAGCUACUUCAUGCUGCUGCGCAUCAUCCGCAAGCGCAGCAUGAAGACCAGCAGCUCCAAGCGGAGAUCCCAGGUGACCAAGUCCAUCAGCAUCGUCAUGCUGUCGUUCUUCUUCUGCUGGAUGCCGAACCACGCCAUCACCCUGUGGAGCGUCCUGGUCAAACUGAACGUCGCCAACUGGGACAGCGCGUAUUACAUCGUCCACACGUACGUGUUCCCGCUCACCGUGUGCCUGGCGCACACCAACAGCUGCCUGAACCCGAUCAUUUACUGCCUGAUGAGGAAGGAGUUUCGGGACAAACUGCGGGGUCUGGUCCGCAGGACAUAGAGGUUUUAAAGGCUCAGGGAGCGAAUCAAUGACGCGCUUAACGCGUUCCGCAAACUGUAACCAAGGCGCUCCGGAUGCGCAAAUUGGAACCCGUCAGCACGCUUCUUGCCGCUCACCUUUAUGAUAAGAUUGUUCUGGCUCGUUCAGAGCUACAUGAAUGUGUUUUUUUUUACGUUAAAUUAUAAAGAAAUUAAUUUGCUACGUUGCUAUGCGUCAAAAAAAAAAAAAAGUCGUCCACGGGUAGUGCGUAAAAGCGUGCGCCACAAUCUGUGUGUUGUGCUUUUGGUAUCAGUCGCUUUCCAUUUCCAUGUUUUGACUAUAAGUGCAUUUCUAGGAAGCUGAUGGAGCCGCGCGCAUCAGUUUUCUCCCCCACAAAAAAAAAAAAAAAAAAAAAAAAAAAGCUAAAAUGAUUAUUGUAACUAUGGGCAGCAAAACCUCAUGUGUGCCAAUAAAACACAGCAAGUUCGGACUAUUCUUAUCCAUUUAUUUAUUUGUCCAAGUGUCUUAAAGAGCGAUGACAGUCACACAGUUUUGCUUUAGUCAAAGUUUGAUCUGAUAGAAACAGCAACAGAGUGGAACAGAGCAGAGGGGCUCAGACAUGAGCAGCGCAGCGGAAAUGGACUUUGAAAUGGGCACCGACGUUCCCCUCGGUGUGACGCGUCACAGGAAAUUAGUUCCAUGGACGCGCAGAACGCGUCCAUGCAGUUAAAGGACUGAAUCACAAUAAUGAAAUGAAAUGACUAGAAAGAGACCAAUUACCAACAGCCUCA